AUGGUUACGUAUAGACUGGGGAAGCAGCUCAUAUCCUUGGAGCUACCUGACACCACGAAAACGGAGAUCAACUUUCGUGAUACCUCGUUCUUCACCACCCGCCCAGUGCCUGAGCUCUUUGGCUGGCGGGUCGAUGACGAAGCUUAUGUGUUCAUAUAUAUGGAACUCAUCGAAGGACCAAGGCUUGAAGAGUGCUGGGAUAGUCUAGGCACUAUGGAGAAGAGUGCCAUCUCCGACCAGCUAUCACAGAUUAUGGAAUCUCUGCGACGACUCGAGCAAGACCCCUCUGAUCAGUUCAUCGGACCAAACCAUCAACAAAGUCUUCUCGACUACGUAUUCAUCGGCCAGCUGAUAACUGGACCAUUUUCUAACACCAAGGAGUUUAACGACUGGCUCGCUUCAACAUACCGAUUACGCUUUUCCCAACAGAUAUGGCUAUCGCAAUCGAUACCUGCUGGGAUGACAGGUGGCGCAAGGGUUAUGUCGACAAGUUUUUACAGUCUCACACUGAUGCGUUCUUUGUUUGGUCUGAAUAUUGCAUGGUGCUGGGUACCGAUUAACUCUACAUUCUGA